AUGAGGCACGGUCUAGCAGCCUUCAAUGCGGAACGUUCCGAGCACUAUGAAGCUACGGCCACUUUAUUGAGCCGGCAGAAUAGAGAAUUAGAUUUACAAUUGAAUGCUUUUCAAGAAAAGCUAGUAGAUUUUGCUAAAGAUCAUAAUUCAGAGCUAAAAGCCAAUCCAGAUUUCAGAGUGAAGUUCAUCAAGAUGUGUAGCUCCAUCGGAAUAGACCCAAUUUGCCUGUUUGACAAGGAACGCCACUUGUUUGACGUUAACGAUUAUUUUUACGAAAUUUGCGUCAAAGUCAUAGAGCUUUGCCGGCAUACCCAAGAUCUGAACGGUGGUGUGAUAUCCUUCGAUGAGUUGCACAAAGGCCAUUUUCAACAGCUUAAAGUCGACAUGGCAGAUUUGCAAAAGGCAGUAGAAAUGUUGGAAACUUUGGAUGGGGGACUUGAAGUCUUCACAAUAAAGAACAAGAAAUAUUUACGCAGCGUACCCAACGAGUUAACAAAUGACCAUACCAAAAUUCUCGAGGUCUGUUCCGUGUUAGGUUACGCUAGUGUAUCUCUUCUGAGAAUAAAUAUGGAUUGGAUGCCGGUUCGAAGCGACGCCGUGUUGAAAGAGAUGGUUGCCAAAGGCAUGCUCUGGGUUGAUGGCCAAGCAGCUGGAGAAACUAUUUACUGGGAUCCCGCGUGGAUUGUGCGCUCGCAUGACGAUUGA